CACCACCACAACAACGAACGCUCAGAAUGGCGACAACAGACCCCUUUGAUGCAGCACUAGACCUUCUUCGCCGACUCCCGCCUUCUUCCACGCAAAAGAAUCUCAAUGGCAUCAUCUCCCUCCAGCCUUCCCUAGAGGAGGACUUGCUGUCUUCUGUCGAUGUCGCCCUCACGUCGAAGCGCUGUACCAAGUCAGGGCGCGACUACCUCUGCUGCGACUACAACCGUGAUGGAGACUCAUACCGUUCGCCUUGGAGCAAUGAGUUCGAGCCGCCCAUAUCGGAGGAUGAUGCUGCCGAUCUAGUGCCUUCUGGCCGCGUUCGCAGAAUGGAGGAGACGCUCAACCAGGGCGUUGACGUGUACCGUGAGCUGUACUAUGAAGGCGGCAUCAGCAGCGCAUACUUGUGGGCCUUGGAUGACGGCUUUGCGGGCGUUGUGCUGUUCAAGAAGAGCGCGAGCGGAACAGGAAAGGGUGGGUGGGACAGCAUCCACGUUCUGGAGGUGAAUGAAGCGGCGAAUAAGAGGAGCGCGCACUAUAAGCUCACUUCAACUGUCAUCCUGGAGCUGGGAUUACAGUCGAGCACCGUGGACAAUCUUGAGCUCGCAGGCAACUUGACAAGACAGACGCAGCAGGACUCGCCACUGCAAGGACUACGAGAUGCGGAAAUAGAGCAGAGCCACGUGGUGAACAUUGGACGUAUGGUCGAGGACAUGGAGACGCGAAUGCGGAACCUGCUACAAGAAGUGUACUUUGGCAAAGCAAAGGAUGUCAUCGGCGAUUUGAGGAGCAUACAGCCGCUGAGUGAAGCUGAGCGAGAUCGUGCAGCACAUCGCGAGGUUAUCGACAAAAUGGGGCGUUGAGCGCAUGCACGUGGAUGAGGGACAGCAUGAAUUGAAUUGGCUGGCAGCAUCGGCUGCCUCUAACAUGUCCAGGUCUACAGAUGGCUUCGGUCAUGUGGCCAUCAUGAAGCAUGAGUUGAAGAACAGGUAUGAAAAGCAUGAACAGAUCUCUCUCAUGACUCCUAUCAGACGAUACUGAUAAUGAACAUUUGAUCACGA